AUGGAUGGAGUGGGGGCUCUCGGGGGAGUAGCGGUGCGAUCGCCCUCUGAGGUAAAGUUCGCCGGCGAGAACGAAGCAUGUGGCUGUGUGGGGGACCUGCAAGAUCUGACUGUUGAUAAGGAAGACUUCCGUGUCGUUUUCGCUGCGGAGCUGCAGCGCUGGACAGUGGAAUGGAAGUGGUCCGGUGAGGAGCCACCAGUUCGCCUCAAGAAUGGAGUGAGCGAGUAUACUGUGCCGGAUGAGGUCAGAAAGGACUAUGAAGAGGAGAUUGAGACCUGGAUCAAGAACGGAUGGCUACUAGAAUACGAUGAAGAAGAACACGGUCCCCCGAAAAGCCUGAUUCCACUCAUGGCAGUGGUCCAAGAGAAUAAAGGGAAGGUGCGACCCGUGCUUGACUUCCGCGAGAUCAACACAUUUGUCGACACGUACACGGCAGAUGUUGAUGUGUGUGACGAGAAGCUCCGCGAAUGGCGUCAGAUGGGAGCGAACGUAGCGCUUCUGGACCUCCAGAAAGCAUACCUUCAGAUACAUGUAGACGAAUCUCUGUGGCCUUACCAGACUGUCGAGUACAAAGGAACAAGAUACUGUCUGAGUCGACUUGGAUUUGGCCUGAACAUCGCACCAAGGGUGAUGAAGACAGUCCUCGAGGCAGUGGUGAAUCAAGACAAGGACGUGGCAAAGGCAGUGUCAUCAUAUGUCGACGAUGUCUUGGUCAAUGAGGAUGUGAUGUCCGCGGAAAAUGUGAGCAAACAUCUUCGAGCCUUUGGGCUCCAGUGCAAGGAACCAGUACGACCAAAAGAAGGCGCUCGGAUUCUCGGUCUCCGAGUUCAGGAAGAGCAUGGCAACCUCAAAUGGAAGAGGGACAACGACGUCCGAGAGAUCGACGGGCCGGUGACGAAACGCAAGGUGUUCUCGCUUUGCGGCCGUUUGACUGGACACCUUCCGGUGUGUGGCUGGCUGCGGCCAGCGGUGUCGUUCUUGAAGCGAAAGGCUAAUGAAGCGGCGAACGCUUGGGACGACGUCAUCGAGGACAGUUUAGUGAAUGGGCUGAUCGAAGAGAUAAUGACGCAAAUUAACACAGAUGACCCAGCGAGAGGUCAGUGGGACGUCAAAGGGAACGAGGUGACGGUCUGGGCGGACGCCAGCAUGUUGGCCUUGGGAGUGGUCCUCGAGAUCGAGGGCGAGGUGGUGGAGGACGGAUGCUGGCUGCGACCAACCGACGGAACACAUAUCAACAUGGCAGAACUUGAUGCCGCGCUGAAGGGCGUCAACAUGGCCAUCCUCUGGGGUGCUAAGAGAGUUCGACUGAUGACGGAUUCGCGUACUGUGUACCAUUGGAUCACUGACCUCCUGAGCGGCAAAGCACGGUUAAAGACGAAGGCCGUCUCGGAAAUGCUUAUCAGGCGAAGGCUGAGUACACUGAAGAUGCUGGCCGACGAGUACAGCCUGGAGAUCAGCGUUCACAGCGUGGCCUCUGCUGACAACAAAGCUGAUAAGCUCACCAGAGUGCCGGAGCGGUGGCGAGACACGCGUGCAGGCAGCGGUCCGGCUUGCAUCAUGGCGGGUGCAGAAGGAGACGAAGAUGAAGCCGGGCUAGUGAAGGAGGUGGAGCGGGUGCAUCAUGCCGCUGGACACCCAGGUGUCAGAAGAACUUUGUACUUUUCCAAGAGGGCAAACUUGCGGGUCACCAAGCGUAUGGCACGAUCUGUUGUAUCAGCUUGUCAGACGUGCCGGUCGAUCGACCCGGCACCGGAGAAGUGGACUGGCGGACAGCUGUCGGUAGACAUUGUCUGGGAGCGCGUCGCAGUUGAUGUCACGCACUUCCAGGGGCGCCUCUAUCUGACGAUGGUAGACUGCGGACCAUCAAGGUUCGCGAUUUGGCGCCAGCUGCGAUGUGAGAGCGCGGCGUACGUCACAGGGGAGAUGUCAUCGAUUUUCUACGAGAGGGGAGCACCUUCAGAGCUGCUGGCCGAUAAUGCUACCGUAUUCCGCAGCCGCGCAUUUCAGGCAUUCGUCCGUGAAUGGGGCACCCGGGUGCGGUACCGAGCAGCGUACGCACCAUCGGGUAAUGGCAUCGUCGAACGAAAUCACCGCUCCGUGAAGGUGAUUGCUGCGAGGAAGGGAUGUGGCGUGCCGGAGGCGGUGUAUUUGUACAAUGCGACUCCGAGGGACGACUCGACCGACGCAGCAACCCCUGUCAGCAUGGUGUACAAGUACACAGUGAGAGUCAAGGCAGUGGAUCCGGUUCAGCCCGCUGAAGAGCCCGAGCCAGAUACAUGCAGGUACAGCGUGGGAGAUGCGGUGUGGGUGAAAUCAGCGCGGGGGCGAUGUGACGAUCAGUACAACGAGGGAGUGGUGACUGGGCGAGUGUCACUGCAGACUGUGGAAGUGGAUGGGGUGCCAAGACAUGUGCGCCACCUGCAGCCCCGUGAGGCGCACGUGGAACAGCCUCAGAGUGAUACCGCAGAUGACGAAGGGCCGCUCCUUGUGCGUCUCCCAGAGGAGAACCGGGAGGAGAUGGGUCAGGGAGAGGGACAGUGCCGGCGGUCCCAGCGGCAGGUGCGGGCUCCCAUGCGGUACGGUUUCGAUCAGGAUCGGGGAGGAGUGUGA